GUACUAACUCAUCCGACUGUGCUGGGAGCUCACCAAAGCAAGGAAGCACACAGCUUUGUGAUGACAUCAGCAUGCAAACACUGCCUUUUGUGACAUGCAGGUGCUCAGGUUUGAAGCAGGCAGCAACGUUCCUGGCUCACAGCCAAGCUCAGGACAGAAAGCAUCACUGCUUGCUUCACCCAACUGCUGGGCAAAGCAAGGUGCCCAGGUCACAGUGCACUGCUGGAACACAACAACCUGUCCACCACUUCUGGCACCAGCAGCUCUGAACAUACCCGGAGCACUAGCAGCUCUGAUCAUACCCGGAGCACCAGCACCUGGCCUGCUCUCAUUCAGAAAGCAUCAGUCCUGCAGAAAGGACAAGAUUACAACGAUCCCUCCAGACAUUAGUUUUCACAUGCAACGAGGCUUGUUCAUCUCAUGUUCGGCUGUGUUAGCCAAAUGCUAUCUCAGUGGAAACCACAGCAGAGCAAGCUCUGAGAACUGCACGGCACAAAGUUACCUCGGCUUUUUGAAUGAGAAGAGCAAGAGAUCACCUCCAUACCCAGCGACAAUGGCAAGUACCAAGAGCAAGCCCUGUCUGUCGCCUUUCAAUAACCACUGCCGGCUGAUCCCAGCGUGGCCCAACAAGAGGGGAAGAAGGAAGAUGAAAUCUGUUUCUCUUCAUGCACCCACUGGCAGAGCUGUGGCUCCAGCCCCCUCACAUCUCUGCUGGUGACAGCAGGCAGAAGGAGCCCAGCUGCUCUGCUGCAAGGAGGGAUGGAGCAGAGGGAGCUGUUGCAGGGCCAGCACUUAAGAGAAAAGCAUCUUCUGCCUGACAACUCAGCAAAUCCAAUCUGGAACUGGCAGGAAAGAAUAAAUGUAAAGCCUCCAAAUGUCAUUUCAGGGGUUCAGCUGCC